GUGGGAGGGCGCCGCGGCUGAGGCGGGGGCGCCGGGCGGGGGCCCGGAGCCUGGGCAGGCCGCGGAAGGGAGGUGGUGCCCGCGCGGGCCCCCACUGCCCUGUCCGGCUGCUCUGGCAAAGGCGGUGCUUCUCAGUCCUGCAACUUGGGGACCGAGGGGUCCGAGCAACCCGGCCUGGCGCCGAUCGGGAAAACGAGGCAGGCGCGGUGGGGACAGUGUCGCAGCCUCCCCCCCUCAAGGAGCCAGCUCCGCCCUAGUUUACGUCCAAUUGUUCACGCUCGGUUUUGAGAUGUUCUCCCCCCGUUGGGAGGUGUGUAGGAGGUUGACUGCACCCCUCCCUCCCUUCACAGCCGGUGUUCACAGGUGGCUGCAGACCAAGGAGGAUGAGCAGAGGUCCCCGGAGCACUGUUUCCUCCUGGCUGACAGAUGGAAGGGAGCAGGUCCUGCAGGGUUCCCCCCGGGACGACUGAUCCGGAGAGCGACGCUGGGCAAGUUAGGAGCACACCUGCUUCCCCCUCCAAAGAGGUUCACGAGGGUGUUAAGGGGGUCAUCUUGUCUUCCUCGUCGAUUUUAGACUUGAGUCAAAGUGGUCUUCACCAUUUAAGAGAGAUCUUUAAAAUUCCCAACCUUAAACGAUUGCAUCUUCAAAGAAAUGCCCUCUGUGAGAUUCCUAAAGAUUUCUUCCAGUUACUGCCAAACCUCACUUGGCUGGACCUCCGCUAUAACAGAAUUAGAGCUCUUCCUUCUGGGAUUGGGUCUCACAAGCAUUUGAAAACUUUGCUUUUAGAAAGAAAUCCUAUCAAAAUGUUACCUGUGGAGCUGGGGAAUGUGACCUCACUGAAAGCGCUGAACCCGAGACACUGCCCUCUGGAGCUCCCCGCUCCGCUCGUGGUGCAGAAGGGACUGGGCUCUCUCCUGGCCUUCCUGCAGAUCUAAGCUGCCCAGCACUCUGCCCCCCAAGAUUUAACUUCUUGAGUGAUUUCACCAGUUCCAAUGAUGAAUCUGAGUGAGCUGCCACAGCCCUUGUAUUUAUCUGAGGAAGAAACUGCCUAUGAAGAUGCCAUUAACUCCCAGGAUCAAAAGGGGUUGUUAAAAGAAAAGGCAAUCUUUUUCCAGCCUGUUGAGAAGCUAGACCUGAGUGAACUGAGAAAGUCCACGGAUUCCUCAGAAGACUGGCCGGCUGAGGAAGAAAUCAAGUGCUUCUGGAAGCUGAGGCAGGAGAUCAUUGAGCAUGAACACGCAGAAGUGCUUGAAAACUAGCUCUUAGCGAUGGAAUUGCCUCCAAAUCUCAGGGCAGCGUUAAACAUGAAGGAGAAAGAACAUUCCAGCCCAAGACAUGUGCUCAGAAGGAAGAUGCCCUCCAUCAGGAGCAUCCUGCCUGCCCUGGCACCAUCGCAGCUCGUGGGGCUCCCCGCCAGGAGGACCCAGGAGAGCAGGGCUGUGGCCAUCUGGGAGCACUGGGAGAAGCAGGUGGUGAUGGAGCAGCGGAGACGAGAUGAACGAGCGCUGCGGGAGUGGAGGGAGCGAACCCGGCCCAGGAGGAUGGCGGAGGAGGCGCCAAGCAAGCCCCUGCCUCCGCGGUGGAGUCUGGUGGCCUCAAAGAUUCCCUUUGCCACGGAUUUGAUAGAUAAUGAGAAAAUGCCAGUGAAUCCGUCUGGAAAAAUGAGGCCAAGCAAAGAGAAGUCGUCAGAAGCAAGUAAAGACCUCAGUGCCUUCCGAGCGGGGCAUCUAGAAGAAAACCUAAAACAGCACAUUCAGAAAGUACACAAACGCAGAAAAGGGUUUCAGGGGAUGGAGCCACUCGAGGAAAUCAGGCAGGCUGUGCAGGAUUUGGAGAUUGCUAGAAAGCUACAGGGCGAAGAGAGGAAACUGAGGCUGGGACCGACCUGGAUGAGAAGCCGCCAGUUGACCGCUCUCGCUGGACACCUGCCACUCCACGCACCUGCAUCUCGGCCUUGGGAUACACUGUUUAACGUGAAGUAGUAGGAGGAGAGAUGACAGAUGCUAAGGAGCGAGUAUCACUUGAGCUGACCGAGAAUCUUCAGACCCGAGAAGUUGGUUUAGCAGCUUGUGAGCCUGCCAGGUGCCCCCUUCCAAGCGUCUGGGGGGGAGGGGGCGGGUCCGACGCCACCCCUGGGCGGUUGUUCACGGCCUCGGCUGCGUGGCUCCUUCAGAGGCUGUACAGGGUUUAAGCUGGACUAAAGGAGAGGAUACGGUAAACAAGCCACGCGGUUUUCACCCCCGUGCCCACGUCUCUGCCGAUCCGGCUGACAACAUGUUUCGGUGUCAGCCCCUGUCUCCCCCACCCCUGCCGCCCUGGUCACCCAUGGGACCCUCGUGUCCACUGACUCACGCGUUCCAGUUGGGGGGAGUCAGAAGUCUGUGAGUCCCCUCCCUGCACCCGGCACUGCUCUUCUCCCUUGGCCUCACGCUUCCUGCUUACACACCUCUGCCCCCGGCCGCCCUUCGCAGCCCACCCUCACCCAGGCCAGUCAGACCCUGCCCGACUUACUCUCUGCAGGACCGUCUGACUGAGUGUUAAAUAAA